CCGUCGGCUAGGGUUAUCGAUAGUCAGUUCCAGCUUCGGCCUACCACCACUAAAUUGAAAAAGAGCAAAGAAUCACAAAGGCAAAAAACUCCCCAAUCUGUGGAAUUUCCGGAAGCGAGAUCACAUUCAAAGCUACCAGUUAUCAGCGAGCAGCAUGUCGAAGCUCAGGAACCUGUUGCCCACAAUCUUUGGCGGGAAGGAGGCACAGAAUCCGAAAACCGUGGAGGGACGUCUGGAAAAGGACGCAGCUCUUGUGGACGAAAACGAAUCAGAUAACAACAACAGCGGAGCCCUGGCGCUGCCCUCUUCCGCUGGUACGCCCACAGCCUCCGCGGAUUUGACCGAAUCCGUGCUGCGUGAGCUCAGCGAUCCCAAUUACAAUUCAAUGGAUGUGGUGCAGUCCGCCAAUAUUCCGGGCACCCUCAGCAACGCCCAGACGAACAACACAAUGAACGUACACAGCGCCCAGCAACAGGUGGUCAUGAACUUCUCAAAUGCCAGUAAUCUGCACUUCGGCUCCGUCUACAACUUUAACCAGAGUUUGAGCGCCUGCAGCUCGCGAAAGGGAAGUACAAGUGCCACAGAGGAGUCGGUCGCCUCCCCAGAGGGCAAGCCGCGACCAAGUGCGGCCCGCAAAACGACAAGCAUUGUGGCCAUGAUGCAGUCACAAGAGGAGCCGGAUAUGCGUUUGCUCGACGUGGUUUCCACGCACUUGGGCGAGGGCUGGAAACAGGUGAUGCGUGAUCUGGGCCAGUCGGAAGGACAGAUCGACCAGGCCAUAAUCGAUCACCAGAUGCAUGGCAAUAUCAGAGAGGUGAUUUACCAGCUAUUGCUCCAGUGGGUUCGAAGCUCGGAGAACGGUGUGGCCACCGUUGGACGACUUACUACGCUGCUGUGGGAGUCCCAGCAUCGUGACUGCGUACAGCGCAUGAAACUGGUUUGGAAGGCACUGGAGAAGCGCAAGACAAAUAGCUAGCCAGUGAGUGGGAUUUAAAAGCAAAGAUUCCAGAAAGAAAACGAUGCAUUCGAAGUAGCCUCUUGAUGUCCAAGCCAGCCGGAAGGUGACAACUGGAAAUGUUUUACUCACCAACUUUUGAUAAAUUUACAGCGGCCUUUGACGGACGGCAUCAAGUGUUAGAGAGAUGAGACCAUCAGGGGAUAUGUGUGCAAUAUUUGAUUAUAAAUCCAACCUAUCGAAUAAGUGCGUAGCAUUGCAUUCAUUGUUAUUAUUGCAGUUUAAUCUUUAAGUUGUGAUAUUUGUGCCGAAAAAAAGAACCAGCACUUUGAGCUGGAAUAUGAAAGCAUUUUUGUAAAGAUUAUACAAAUAGAAGCUUUAUUGUUACGU